GACGUGGCGCUGAGGCUGAUGCUGCCAACUUGGGUCCUGAGAAUUCCACAGUGUUGGAUAGCACUGGUGCCGGCAUGGGAGAUGUUGCUGGUCCUCCGGCAGGUGCUGAAGUGGGUGAUGGAACCGUACCUUUGGCAGAUGGAUCUGUGCCACCAGGAGGAACAAUGCCAGAAGGAACUCCAGGAGAAGUGAAUGCUCCGUUUCCACCGGUUCCUCCAGUGAUCACCCCACCUGGUGAUGUGAACGCGGCUGAAGUCUUGGCUGUGAGUACGGAAUUGGCUCGGAAGAUCUCAGAGUGUUCCAACAGGCUUGCAAAUGUAAGUGAAGAGCUUGCCAUCACCAUGGAGUAUUUCACCCAAGGAGUGUCGUUUCAGGCCGGAGAAACGACCAAGCUUCUCAAAGCUUUCGACCGGUGGGCUGCCACUGGUCGUUGGGCUCUAACUGGCAACCAGUCAGUGGAAGCCAACAUACAGGGAGUCCAAAGUGAAGUAGAGAAGCAAACAAAGAAGUUGGAGACCAACCUCAGUCGUGGCUUUGAUAGCAUUGGAAGGCAUCUUCGAGAGAUGGUGAGACUCCUAGAGGAACGAGCUCAGAAUGCUGCAGCUCCAGAUGCUGUGGGAGAUGCAGGAACUCCUCUCACACCAGGAACGGUCAGUGCCCCUGGAACUACUGGGCCUGCUGGGACUGCAAAUCCGGGAGGAUCAACAUCACCCGGACCUGCCCCUGCCCCAGCAGUUCCACCACCUCCGGCAGAGCCAGUGUCACUCUUUAUGGCGUUCUGUCCGGAACAGCCGAACGGGCCGAGACCAAAUACUCCCCUUCCGAUCCCAACACCAUGCCAGCGUGUGAGCAUCGUUACCAGAGAUGCGGGAACGGGUGUACAGAGGACAUUGCCACCGACGGCAUACCGUCCUGAACAGACCAGCGGAAUCACCAGUAUCUGGGCUCCCCAGGGAUUGGGGAUGAUUCGUGAUGGGAACUCUCAGUUCAGGAGGAUUUACUGA